AUGCCCAUCAGACAGGUGUGGCCAAGUCCACUGCUCAACCUUCCAACCGAGAUCCUCCUCAUGAUAGCAGACAUUCUGGAAACACGAGAUGUCAGCUCAUUUCUACGCACAGAGCGUAGAUACGCCAACAUCCUCGAUUCCCAUCUUUACCAACGUGCACGCAGCCAUAUAUGCACCGACGAAACCCCCGUCCUCGAAUGGGCCGCGAAAAGAAACCAAGCAUCCGUAAUCCGCAAACUCCUAAGGAAAACCAACGAUGCACCAAUUCCACCUGAAGUGAAAAAUAAAGCUCUAUGUCGCGCUGCAGAGGCCGGAAUGCAUCACAUCAUCGAGAUUUUGGCGGACGCAGGUGCGGAUAUAUCGUCUCCGAUAUUUAUGGGAUGGGGGUCGACAAGUAGCCCACUGCAACUCGCCGCAGAGAAUGGCCACGAAACAACCGCCCUUGUACUCCUGCGAUUGGGGGCAGAUAUUCAUGCCACUAAUUCACACCAAGAGACCGCUCUACACUAUGCGGCUGGUGGUAGUCUACGUACCACGCCCCCUGGUGGGAAGGAAGCUGUUGUGAGACUGCUUCUGGAGAGGGGAGCUGAUGUGGCAGCAUUAACGGAGGGGGGAGAAGCAGUACUUCAUCACGCAACUCUGUCUAAAAGUGAAACGAUUGUGAAGAUGAUCCUAGAGAAAGGGGUAGACCUAGAGGUCAUUUCUGUCGCUGGACGGACACCGUUAUUCUGGGCACUUGGUUGUGUAUAUGAUGUCGAGAAUUAUGACAAGCAGGCAGCCAUUCUUAACCUGCUUCUAGCGGCGGGUGCAAAUGUGAACGUAUCUGAGCCUUACGAACACAAUACGCCACUGCACUAUGCUGCAAAGAAUGGCAAUGAAUGGGCUGUUAGGUUACUAUUGGCGUAUGGGGCGAACGUGGAGAACUGUGAUGUCUUUGGACAUACGGCACUGCAUUUUGCGGCUACGUCUGGGAAUGAAGCUGUUGUAAGAAUGCUGCUCGAAAAAGGGGCGGAUAUUUCUGUAUUUUCGGUUGAAGAGGAUGAAACACCACGGAAUUAUGCAAAAGCGAGGGGCCAUGAAGAAAUUGUAAGAAUUCUAGAUGAGGCAGCCGCACAGCGGGUGAAAAGUUCAGCUUGA